AUGAACAAUCCUGUCACUCUUUUGGUCCACUAUGGUACCAAUGCUACCGAGAUUGAAAUUAGCAAUGAGGCUACCUAUGCAAAGUUAAGUCAGAUCAUUGCCGAUCAUAGAAUGCUCCAGGUCCCUCCCAUCCUCAAGAUUAUACUCUAUCUGGACCCUCGACCCAACAACAAUGAUGCCAUUCGUGUUCCUGUUGAACAAUUACAAACAAUCUCCCUCCCAGACCGCUCACACAUCUAUGUCGAGGUUGAAGAUCAGCAGCAUCAGCAGCAGCAUACUAGCAAUCAGGGACAAGAAUUUCAUUUUUGGAAGCACCUUGCAAAUGCAAAGUUGGAUACAACAACCAACAUUCUUUCACUUCAAGAUGGGUGCGUGUUUCCAACAAGAGAACUUUCAUCACUUUACAUUAGAGAAUCAUAUGUUGAAUUGUAUGAUAUCAUAUCAGCAUUUGAAAAGCCUGCAAACCUCUACUUGGUCAAGGGCAACCCAGGCAUUGGUAAGUCAAUGUUCUUUUAUUAUUAUCUUUGGAGAAAGGUUCAAAAUCUAGAAACAUGUCCCAAGAAUAUUGUUUUUGACUUUGUUCAUCACAAUGCCAUCCUUUUCACAUUCAAAGACAAUCUUCCAACCGUGUAUGUAGGAAAUAGAGAUCAGUUUGCCAAUUUUCUUUUGUACCCAGACACAUUUUAUUUUGUUGAUGGUAUAACCCCAUUACCCAGUAAAUGUUUUGUUUUGUUUGCCUCCUCUCCAGACCGAACAAUAUAUGAAAAAUAUAUGAAAGAAAAGUUUUCUGCCUCAGUAAUACUCCCUAUUUGGACCUAUUAUGAGAUCAAGGGUUCAAUACCUAUUUAUUGUAAAGACGAUGAUAACAAUAGAGAAUCUUUUAUCAAUGAAACAUUGAUUCGUUUCCGUCGAUGGGGUGGAGUGCCAAGAUAUGUCUUUGAGAAAAUAUCGCCAAGCGAACAAAACACACUCCUUUUGGCAAUAUCUAGAUGUGGUGCUGCUUGUUUGAGAUCAGUCAAUCAACAAGAGUUAGAAGAACCUGGAAGUCACAAGGUUAUGCACCUUGAUGUGGUUCCUAACACAGACUAUGUGCAACAAAGAAUGGUAAUUGGAUCACCCUUUAUCAAGCAGAAAUUAUUUCAACGAUUUUACUGGAGAUGGACCAAUGAUCUUUUGGAUCAAAUGAAAACCUCAUCAUUUUUGUCCUCAUCGUUUGGAAGUGCAAUGUUCGAGCAACUCUCGCAUCAAACGUUGACAGUUGGCGGAACAUUCUUUUCUACAAAUUUAUAUACAUUGAAAUUGGAACCGAGCACACAAAAGGAAUUCUUUGACUAUAAUAUUCUCGAGUAUGACGAAAAUGUUUAUCUUAGACCAAACAACAGAGAUUUUGAGGCUGUUGAUUCAAUCAUCAAACCAAAGUUUUUGUUUCAGAUGACCGUAUCUGAUUCUCAUUCGAUAAAGUCCUCUGGUCUUCACAAUCUCUUGCAUUCUCUCGAUCCCAGUCACACAAAAGAUAUCUUUCUUUUCUUUGUUGUCCAAGAAAAAAACUAUUCAACUUUCUCUCAACAAUCCUAUGUCAAAACAGAGACCAAGAACAAAAAAACCAUCAAAUCGCGAGACGAUGAUAUAGAGAGAGUUCAUCAAUUUGCUCUCCAAAUGACUUUCAACUCUGUUGUCUCUCCAGAAACUUUGUGUCCAAUCGUUGAUGAAGAUGACAAGAUCAUCGUCCAUGAUGAAUAA